UUGGGCCCAACCCUGCCUUCCUUCUUCCACCUUUGGCGUCUCGAGGAGAAAGAAGGGGUUCCCCCAACGAAUCCGUACUUCCGUAGCACGCACCUCGAUAGGGUUUCGGCCACCGCCAUGGCCGACGCCGCGCCGUCCAUCCCGGCCGCGAUCGACUCCCUCCAGACCUACUCCACGGCCCUCUCCGCCUUCACCGCUGCGUGGCGCGCCGUCGAGUCCCAUGCCGCCGCCCUUGACUCCACCCUCGCUGCUCGCCUCGCCGGCUUCUCAGAGCUCGAGCUGAUCUGCUCCGCGAUGGACGGCGCUGGGCUCCGCGAGCACCUCACCCAGCAUAGGGACGAGCUCAAGGAGCCCGCGCGCGCCCUCGACGCCGCGCUCCUGGUGGCGCCCGAUCCGGGGCUUCUAGUCCUCUCCGCGGCCGCGGGUUUCUGCCGCGCGCCACCGGAGGAGGCCAAGAGCGAUGGGGACAUCAAGGUGUCCUACCGCCUGCUCAUCGGCCUGCUCGACCGGCUGCGCGCGGUUGGGGUGAAACCGUCGCCGGAGGCGUGCGACGAGGCCAGAGCUGUCGCGGCGGACUGGAAACGAGGCAAGCGGAUCGGGUCGGACGUGAUGUUUAAGCAGGAAACAGUCGCAUUCCUGCUUCUCGUGGGGGUGUUUGGGCUGGUUGAAGAUGUGGGCGGCGCCGGCGAGGUGCUAGAUCUGGUUGUGUCGAUCGCCGGCCGGGAGCGUGCUGUCGAUGCGUUCGUCGGCCUUGGGCUCGACCUCGACCAGCAUAUGCCAGUUCUCAUUGAGAAAAUGACACAAAAAGGUAAACAGCUUGAGGCGGUCAAAUUCAUUCAAGCUCUUAAUGUAGUGCACAAGUAUCCUUUGUUGCCUGUUCUGAGGUCGUACAUUAGUGCUGCUGCAUUAGCUGGGAAGAUGAUCCAGAUCAGGGGAGAUGAUCCUGCCUCUCAGGCACAUAGUGCAGCUGAUUCUAAAGAGCGCACGCUGCUCGGAACAUUGCAGAAGUUCAUUAAGGAACAGAAGCUAGAAGAACUGCCUAUUUUGGAAGAAGCCAACAAGCGAUUGGCACAGUUGGAGCAGCUAAGUGCAGAGAGAAAGAGAGCUGCUGCUGCAGCAGUAGCAGCUGCUCAACAAGUUAGCAAGAACAUUGAGCAGCAGCAGAAGAUACUGCAGCUCAUGCAGCCUGCUAAGAGAUCAAAGGUAGACAAUGUGGUGCAAGGUUCUUCAGGCCAGAACGUCCAUUCAGCUGUAGUUCCUAGCCAACAAUUUAUCCUGAGGCAGAGCAUCCAUACUGCUGCAGCGCCAAAUCGGUAUCAAGCUGCUUUAAACCCAAAUGUACUACCUGUGAUUACUCCGAUUCCGCAAGUUGUUACUGGGAAUCAUCGUCCGGUUGGCAUCCAAAGUCAGGUCCCUGUUGCACCUGCUGUUCUGACUCAAUAUGGUGGCUUGGCAGAUUAUGAAGGGAUGUCCUCCAGACCAUAUAGGUCCAGCACUCUAGUUCUUGGACCAAGUGCUUUGAAUGUUCCGAGUGGGCACUCGCCGUCAAGGUCAAACCUCUAUUCUGGAGAUCCCCUCGUGGCUGUCUCCCGAUCAUCAGGCAAGAGGGGUUCAUCUUACAACUAUUCUUUGUCCAACAUGUCAACUUAUGAUCCUAAAUGAAGAGGAUUAGGUUCAUGUACCUGGAACCAGUGAACUAACCUUGGAAAAUUGGGUUCCAGAAUGAGCCCUGGUCCCUUUGUAAACGCCAACUGUUCAUUGUAAAUAACAAAGGUCAUGGAUUUGUAUCUGUAUAAAAAUUUCUUUGACAAAAUCCAAUAGAUAUUGUAGGAACUCUAACA